AUGAGCUCGAGGACAGAGGGGCUCCGGGACACGAAGGUGCAGGUGAAGCAGCGCCUGGUCCUGGAGAGGCCGCGCAGGGAGCUCCAUCGAGAUCCCCAGCCUGUCAGCAGUGGGCACGGAGCAGCGGUGUCCGGUGCAGGCAGCGUGGGCUUCUGUGGGACCCGGAUGCACUUAGGACACCACAGCGAGAAGUCAGGGCAGGCUGUCCCCAGGGCACUGGUGCUGCUGCGCUUGGAGAUCCACGUGAUGGUACGUGGAGUACUAUACGGCAGUGGAAACCCCACAGCCACAACUGUCAGCGUGCAGGAACUGCAGGGGCUGGAUGAAGCCAAUCCUUACUUCUGUGUUGAUGCUGAGCGUCCAGGUCUACAGGCUCAGUACGGUCGGAUGCGCCACCCUGGGCUGGCAGCUCUGCCUGGCUCUACAGCCGUGGGCGAGCUCAGGGACCCAGCCCACCUGAGUCAGGUCCCCUGCUCUGAGCUGGCUUUUGUCCCACUCGAGAGAGGUUCCUGCUGUGCAGGGGGCCGGCGUGUGCAGAUAGAUGAUGAGAUCUCAGGGGGAGCGCACAGCCAGGUCCCACACCGCCCAGAGAGCCAAGUGCCAGUUAUCUGUGACUACGGCUCAGGCUUCAGCAAGCUGGGCUUCGCAGGAUGCGAGGCUCCCUACGCCGUCUUCCCAACCGUCCCGGGCAAACUCCGGCAUGACACCAUGUUGGUGGGAAUGGAGGAAGAAGACUGGUUUAUCGGAGAUGAGGUCCAGAACAAGCGAGGGAUCCUCAACUUGCAAUACCCCAUCUCCCAGGGAGCCAUCACCAACUGGGACAAUAUGGAGAAGAUCUGGCAUCACUGUUUCUACCACGUGCUCAGCAUCGCCCCCGAGGAGCACCCUCUCAUGGUGACAGAACCUCCCUUAAGCAAAACAUCCACCAAAGAGAAAGUGACCCAGGUCCUGUUUGAGACCUUCGGCGUCCCCGCCCUCUACAUAGGCAACCAAGGUGUCCUGUCUCUGUACUCUUCCGGCCAAACCUCGGGAACAACCAUCGAGUCUGGAGAAGGGAUGACGUACUUUGUGCCCAUCAUUGAUGGCUGUCCUUUGCUUCAGUCAACCACCCAGAUGAACGUAGCCGGCCAAGACCUGACCAUGUACCUUAUGCAACUGUUGGCCCAAGAGGGGAACCUGCUGGUGAGCACAGGGGAUCCAGAGUUCGUCAGGGACAUAAAAGAGAAGUGCUGCUAUGUGGCCUUGGACUUCAACAAGGAGAAGUCCAAAGAUAACCUGCUGUCCUGCCAAAACAAAUUCCUGCUUCCUGAUGGCCAGGAGAUCACCCUCAGGCAGGAGCAUUUCCUCUGCCCCGAGGUGCUCUUCCAGCCCAGCCUCAUCGAGAGGAACAGCCUGGGCAUGCCCAUGACCGUCUUCCGCUGCAUCUCCUCCUGUCACCCCCGCCAGUGGAAGACCCUCUUUCACCACAUAAUCCUGUCUGGAGGGACCGGCUCCUGCUCGGGGCUGCGGUCACGACUGCAGAGAGAAAUAGCCAACCUGGUUUGCCCAGCGCACGACAUCCAGGUGUACACCUCUCCAUAUGCCAAGUACGGGGCCUGGGUAGGUGGCUCCAUCCUGUGCUCGCUGUCCACGUUCGAGGACAUGUGGGUGACCAACAAAGAGUACGAAGACAUGGGAUCCUCUGUCGUCCGCAGAAGAAGCAUCUGAUACGUAACUAUAAGGGGCCCCUCACCUGUGUCGUCACCCAAGUCCAGGCCAAAGUGGGCCAGAGUGCAGAGCCUGCUCACACACAGGGUCCUUCCUCCCCUGGCUGCCAGUAAACAGGUCACCAAGGGACAGCGUGUCUCUUCCUGACCCCCUCCCUGCCUCCCAGCCGGGACAGCAGCACAUGCCCCCGAC